AUGGCGUCUACUUUGCCCUCCACGCCCAUCUUCGAGGCCAUUGCCAAACAUGACCCUAAAAGCCCGGCCAUCAUCCACGGCGCCUCCGACCGCACCUUUUGUCACGGCAGCUUGCUGCACGAUGUGGCCGCCGCAAAAGACAAUCUGACUGCUAUGGUCGAUGGAAAAUCUCUCGCUGGCGAAAGAAUUGCUUUCUUAGCUGAAAACGGCUACGACUAUGUAGUGACCUUGCUCUCAAUCCUUGCCCAGGAUGCCAUUGCUCUACCUCUCGCCCAUACCCAUCCGAACUCGGAAUUGCGAUACAUUAUCGAGAACAGUGAAGCCGCCUUGUUUCUGUCAACCGAGAAAUUCCAAGACAAGGCUCAAGAGGUGGUCAGGGAAGGCCUGAAUCAUAUUCCGCAAUUGCAGAUUCUUUCCAAGAUCGAGACUGGAGCAGUGUCAGCCGAGAAUGUCAAGUUCAGCACCGACGAUGUCAAAAACGGAGGCUUCAUGCUCUACACAUCCGGAACGACAAACAGGCCUAAGGGAGUGGUCUUGUCGGUACCGACAAUUACAGCGCAAGCACGGUCGUUGAUAGAAGCAUGGAAGUACGGGCCUUCUGACUUGCUGCUUCACGUCCUGCCACUUCACCACAUCCACGGCACCAUCAAUGCGCUUUUCACACCUCUGAUGGCCGGUGCAGCCGUUGAGUUUGCAUACCCGUUCAGCGCGGAUACAGUAUGGAAGCGACUCGGAGCGCCAUUCCUUCGCAAUUCGCCACCCACGAAACGACCAAUAACGUUCCUGACCGUAGUACCUACUAUCUACAACCGGCUCCUUGCCUCAUACCCCUCCCUAGAUCCGGAGAUGAAGCAAGCGACCCGCUCGGCUAUCACGCCGCGGUACAUGCGUUUGAACAUCUCCGGGUCCGCCGCGUUACCGACGCCGACGAAACAAGCCUGGACCGAACUUAGUGGCGGCAAUGUGCUGCUCGAGCGGUACGGUAUGACUGAGGUUGGGAUGGCGCUUUCAUGCGGACUGGCGUUCGAAGACCGCGUCGAUGGAAGUGUGGGCUGGCCUUUGCCACUGGUAGAAGUGCGACUGGUCGAGUCCGAGACCGGCAAGGUCAUUGAACCAGGAGAAGAAUUGGACGCCAACGGCACGCCUCGCGAAGGCGAGAUCCAAUUGCGUGGGCCCACCAUAUUCAGUGGAUACUUUCGCAACGCGAAAGCGACGGCAGAAGAGUUUGUCGCAGCAGAUGAUGGCGGCAGCAAAUGGUUCAAAACCGGUGACGUGGCGAUCCGCCAGCACGUUCCGGGAACGGGCCAAAGUGACCAGGCCUGGGCGAAAGGUCCCAUGUAUUUCAUCCGCGGCCGGAAGAGCGUCGAUAUCAUCAAAACCGGUGGCGAAAAGGUGUCGGCGCUCGAAGUCGAGCGAGAGCUCCUUUCCCUUCCUGAAGUUUCCGAGGCCGCUGUGGUAGGAAUCUCCUCGGAGCAAUGGGGCCAGAAGGUCGCGGCCGUCAUUGUCCUCACCCCCAAGGGCUUGACCGGCGGCCGCGGUGGAAAGCCCUGGGGCGCCAUGGACAUGCGGAGAGCGCUGAAGGACAGACUGGCCAACUACAAGAUCCCGCAGGAACUCAAGGUCGUCGAGUCAAUCCCGCGCAACGCCAUGGGCAAGGUCAAUAAGAAGAGCCUCGUCAAGAAUGUUUUUGAGAAACUGCCUUGA